GUCCAUCCUGGGUACUUUUAAUGGAAAAAAGAACACUGAGAAGGCAUCCAUAGGUUAGCCCAGCUCAUGACAGCCAUGUCAGCUUCCAAUGUUACUUCCCUACAUCCAACCUCUUUCCUGCUGAUGGGAAUCCCCGGUCUAGAGCACCUGCACAUCUGGAUCUCUAUCCCCUUUUGUUCAGCCUACCUCCUUGCCCUGCUAGGUAACUGUACUCUUCUCUUCAUCAUCUGCACAGAUCCUGCCCUCCAUGAACCCAUGUACCUCUUUUUGGCCAUGUUGUCAGCUAUUGAUCUUGUCCUUUCCUCUUCUACACUUCCCAAGAUGCUAGCUAUUUUCUGGCUUGGUGAUCAUGAGAUCAACUUCCAUGCCUGCCUGACCCAAAUGUUCUUCCUCCAUUCCUUCUCCAUUAUGGAGUCAGCUGUCCUCCUGGCCAUGGCCUUUGAUCGUUUCGUGGCCAUCUGUGAACCACUGAGAUAUACCACAAUACUGACACAACCACUCAUUGCCAGGAUUGGAAUGGCAGCUGUAACUCGAGCAGUGACACUCAUGACCCCACUUCCCUUCCUACUUCGACGGUUUCCCUACUGCAAGAAUCGAGUGAUUGCCCACUGCUACUGUGAGCACAUGGCAGUGGUCAAGUUAGCCUGCAGCAAUACACGGUUCAACAAUAUCUACGGAAUCGCAGUAGCUCUGGUGAUAGUGGGGCUGGACCUCCUCUUUGUGGUCCUUUCCUAUGUUCUGAUACUUAGGGCAGUGCUGAGACUGGCUUCUCAGGAAGCUCGUUAUAAAGCCUUUGGAACAUGUGCAUCCCAUGUGGGUGCCAUUUUAGCUUUCUACACGCCUGUUGUAAUUUCAUCAGUUAUGCACCGGGUGGCCCGUCAUGCUGCUCCCCAUGUCCACAUCCUUGCAGCCAACUUCUACCUGCUUUUCCCACCCAUGGUCAACCCCAUCAUCUAUGGAGUCAAGACAAAACAGAUCCGUGAACGAGUCCUAGGUAUUUUCCAAAGAAAGAAGAUCUAAAAGGGAGUCAACGAGUUGAUCACAGAGCUGUAUGGGAGAUGGCAAGGGCAGAGUUUCCCAUUUCUCCCCUGACCCUAAGUGGGAGAAGGAGGAAAUUAGAUACUUUUCCUUCUUCUGGACACUGGUCCCAAAUAAUAUGAAGGGAAAUACAGCCUCUACAGGUACUUACCCUUGUAUAAUUUAAAUUAUGUCUCUACUAAUAAAAAUAUUAUAUUUUAUGAGGUUUAUUAAGGAUUAUUAGAAAUCAAGGGGUAAAGAAAAUACAAAAUAAAAUCCACAUGCCCAUGGCUGAUUAGUCCAGUUAAAAUCCCCACACUUAGCUUACCACUAUACUUGCUCUAUCAUUGCAAAGGAAGAGAGCAUGGGAGGCAUUACUCCCAGUUAAAUACCAAUUGUAGUAAUCUCACCAACUUGGAGACUCAAGAGAGAUUAUAGGGAAUUCUGGGAAAUACCAAGAACUUCUGGGGAAUGAAGUCUAGGGUUCAAAAUCUCCAUUUAUACGCCAUUUGAGAAAUACUGAUCAAUUGUAGAAGAAACAAAGUCCCCCAGUGAGUCUUAAAUCAAUAGGAGAAGAUUAGCUCACACUAAAGCAGAACCACAAAAAAAAAAUAUUUCCCAAAUGACAAACCAAAAAGCACAAAUUAGCAGAUUGAUAGGAAAGAGCUAUGUAAAUAUAGCUUUUCAAUACCCAACACAGGUCCAGUUCCCCUCCUUUGUUGCUCUUCUGAACUCUUGUAAGAAGGAAUGGACUCAUUCAAGAAACGAAGUGAAUGGGCAUCUUGUCCAUUCACUUAGGACAUACUUUCCAACAAACUCUCCUUAGGCACUGACGAUUCACAGUCACCUGAGUGUGA